GAGAAAAGGGGGACCUCACUUCUACCGGCUUUGUGGUUUCUCGACGAACUUUCAUCACACCUACCAACUAUGUCCUACACCAAUGAUGCUCUUCUCUAGACACUGAUUUCAACCCCAUUUAUUCACCAAACAGAUCAUAUGUUCAUAGAAGAAUACAUUGAAGAAGAUGAGGAACCACCUUUGCUGCUCAGCUCUCGUCCUUCUUACGGUGUUUAGCUGUGGUGGGACUGCAGCAGUGCGGUGUCGGUGGGGGGAAGGGUGUGUGUGUCUGCAAUGCCCUGCUGGUCAGGAGCCUACCAAGGCUUGUGAGCAGAUUCAAAGUCCUGCAGAGGAAGUGCAAUGCCGAUUGUGCCCGACUGGAAGCUUUUCCGAAACGCUCGACUCUGAACUUUGCCGCCCACACGCCUCCUGUGAGAUCCUCGGCCGUGAGGUUGCGACCCCUGGCACUGCGACCUCUGAUGCCCUCUGUGGAGACUGUCUGCCUGGGUUUCAUUCCACCGCCACAGGGCAAGUUUCCACACAAAGUCCCUGUGUGAAAACACCUUUGCAUGUCAGAACGGUCCGCACAGUAGGUAAGGGUCCGUCCAGCGCUGCAGGAGGGUCCGUCAAUAGCACAGCGGUUCGCACCACUGAAGAGAAGACAGCAGAGUAUGCCGUGUUUGCUUUGGUGCCCAUCUUCUGUGUGAUGGGCCUGUUGGGCAUCCUCAUCUGCAACAUCCUGAAGAAGAAGGGAUACCGCUGCAGCGCUGACAAGGAGGGGGGUGAUGAAGAAACUCCGACACCACAGAAAGAAGGUAACAGUUUCCCCUACAUUUCUGAUGACCUUAACGAAGACACCAUCAGCGUGCUGGUUCGCCUUAUUACUGAGAAGAAAGAAAAUGCUGCUGCACUGGAAGAACUGCUGCUGGAGUAUGAGAGCAAAGAGCUGGCCAAGAGCAAGAGCUCGUCAAUCAAGUUCCCGAUGCUGUCUCCCCUCUCUACCUUCCGCUCCCUCCCCAGACUCUGCCCCCAUCAGUCCCACCUCCACACCAUCUCCGGCCUCUCCGGCUUGGCCCCCAAACACGGCUACCGCUGCACCCGCUGCGCCCAGAGAAAGUGGCCCGCAGUCCUCAUACCUCCUCUGGAUUCCCUCAAAGACCCCCUGAAGCCCCCUCAGACCUUCAUCCUGCCCUCCUUGGACACCUCCGCUGACCAGCAGAAGAGACCCCUGCUGGAUGGGGUGUUCGCCGAUACCCACCACACACAAGCUGCUGUGCCAAAUACUAUGCAGGAGAAAGUGGAGAAGAGUGAAGUGAAGGAGAGGAAGGAGGGAGAGCUGACUGUGGUGAAUGUGGGGAGAUUUCAAGUCGCUCAGAUCCCUGAGCAGAAGCCAGUCCCUGCUGAAACCAAAAGAUCCUCUCAGGAGCAGAGACACUCGCUGUUCGGAAGCAAAUCCUUCUGCUCGUCUUCAUUUUCUGCCAUCAGGAGAUGAACAGACAGAGAGACAGUGUACUAGAACGCUACCUUGCUGAAGAUAACCUCAUCGUUCACCUGACGACUCGGCAGCCAGCAUGAAUAGUGUUUCUUACCGACUGACACUAAGAAACAAACUUCAAGAGCCACCUCCUGCUGGAAGAAGUUGUUUAGUACACACACGAUAAGAGGUACACAACUGUAUUUAUUGCUACAGAAAACGAACUUACUUUGAAAAUAUAGUCCAACUCAUAUCACAGCUGCUUUCAAUCCAAAGGGAAGGAUUUCUGUACGAUUACACUGAAGGGACAAAGUGGAGAGAUGCUAAAAGGAAUGAUGAUGUGGAAACAUGUGCACUCUUAGGGCCUGUAUCCUGCACCUCUGUGUCAUUAAUAGACACAGGGGUAAAACACACAUACUCUAGACUGACACAAAGCACCCAUGUAGGACACAUCUGCAUCAUUUAAAGAGCAUGCACAGUCUUACUUCUGCACAGUGAGGGGGACAAAAUAGUGAAGACAACAUAACUGAGACACAGCAGUGAUGCACAGACUCCUUGAAGUGUGAACGUGUAAAAGAGAAAAACAUUAAGCCAAGUGGUGUGUAAUCAUGGGGAAAGUUUUCUUCACUUAGCCAAUUAGUCUUGGCUAAAAAUACAAACCUUAAUGACUUUUGGUGAAAGACGGAAGCACUACAAUAAGUAUUUCAAGGAUAACCUCCUAUCAAAUGAACUUGGGAGGAACUUACAGGGUAGAUUCAGUUAGGUUUUUUGACCUUGAAGAUGUUGAUUGUUGUCUUAACAAAGAGACUCUCUGAACCUUUGAUAUUUUAAGGAACACUCACCCUGUAAUGUACCCCUGCCCCCCUCAUUCAGCAUUAGUAACAUUUGUAUUUUUUUUUAAAAAGCGCUGUCCAUGUGAGUGACCAGGGGCAAAAGUGUGCUGGCAAAGAAUGCCCCAAUCCAGUUUUACAGCAUUUUGUUCAAAACACUGCGUUGUGAUGGCAGUUAAAGUUGCAAAUCUCAUCUGUUUUUAUUCGAGUUCCUGAGUGAAUAAAAAAAUGAGCUAGAUAUCACCUUUGUAGAAUAGCACUUGUAAAUGAAUGUAUAUAUGUAAAUAUGGGGGGGUUUAAACAGACCAUACCUAGAUUUUUAUAAUUCUAGACUCGAGUAUGUAUGAAGUGAAAGGCACAGCACCAAUAAGUGACCAUUUGCAACUCAUCAAUGAAAAACUUCACACAUCAUCAUGCAUAUAAGCUGAAUAGCUACAUUCACUACAGAAUGUUUCUUCACAAUUCUGUCUGACGUGUCAUCUUUUAUUUACCAAAACAAACAGUCAAAGCUUCUGUUGCAUUAUGAACUUUUAAAACCUACAGUCCUACACACACUCACUCACACACACACACACACACACACACA